AUGCGAAGCGCUCAUUUUUACCCUGGUCAUGCUGUCGUAGACCUUUUUCUUCAACCUCUGGAUGGACCUUACAUCGAGCGAGGAAAAAGCUGUUACGAAGUAGCCCUUCGUAAAAAACUGAUUCUUGGUGACGUAAUGCUCAUUAGUGGACUUUCUUAUAAAGAAGGGAUUGAUGUUGUAUUGUUUCAAGAAAAAGGAGGCGAUGUUCUCUUGAACCUGACAGAAUCCAUAACAUUGCUUUAUUCAAUCAGGGCGCUUUUCACUUCUUUUAACUUUGUUAGUUGCAAUCAAGAGAAAGAGAAGUUGAAAAGUUUUGGGAUAUUAGCUGAACGGGUUUUGCGAUUUGACGUAAAAUCGACGUAA